GUCCGCGUUCCAGCAGAGGCGGAGCUGAGGCGCCCGCGCUGCUGUGCAGAUCAAGGACUCAGCAGCGUGGCAGGGGGCAGAGCCUCUCCGGUGCCAAGCAGUGGGAAAGAUGGGGGAAACUUGGUCUCGGCUGCAGGGGAGCGCAGUCCGGAUCUGCUGCAGGGCUGCGCUCAGCCCUCGUUCGUUCGCGUUUGCCGAAAAGCUGUCCGAUUAUGGGAUGGCUUUGUGGUGUCCCCGUGUUCCCUAUGUGAUGCUGAGGAGUGCUCUCCCGAGGGAAGGCUUUACGAGCGCUGGGGGAUGGUGCGCUGAGUUGUUUCCAUGAGAGGCUCCUAUACCACUCCAGAACAAGAAGACAUUAAAGAAUAAGGGUGUGAGGGCACCAGCGCUUUGCUGUUGAGAAGUCUAGCUCCCAAGUGAAUGUAGUGAAGACUUCUAGACUUGGUGGGACAAAUACCUCUACCUCAAAUUUUAUGAAUUCUGCUAGCCAUGGCUGUGGAACUCUGUCUGCUGCUGCUGUUGUUUUGUGGAAGUACUAUUUCAGAGGUUCAGCCUAUAUACAAGCCUCCUCCUGGGACUUUGGAUUUUGGAUUUGUACCUGCCAAGACAUAUGAUACAGGUGCAUACCAUGAACCUGGGCCAAUAGGAAUUCUGUUUAAAGUAGUCCACGCUUUCCUGUAUGUAGUGCAACCCAAUCCUUUUCCUCAAGAUCUCAUCAGAAAACUAGCACAGCAGAAGUUUGGAAAUACACAGGGCGAUUAUCAAAAGCCUGAAAAUGUUGUCCUGACACUCCAGGCCAUCUACUAUGAGAUCGGUUUUAUAGUCUCCGCAGCCUUGGGAUUGCUAUUUAUUUUGUUACUGCCUCUUGUGGGACUUUGCUUCUGUAUGUGUCGUUGCUGUGACAACUGUGGUGGGGAAAUGCAUCAAAGACAGAAGAAAAAUGCUGACUGUCAGAGGAGCUGUUUUGCAACAUUUCUUUUUGUUGCUUCUUUAAUAAUAAGCGUUGGAGUGCUUUGUGCAUAUGCUGCCAACCAACACUUAACUAGUCAAGUCCGAGGAGCAAAGAAACUGGUCAACAGUAAUUUUAAAGAUCUGAAAGUUUUCCUUAAUGAUACUCCAGCGCAAAUUGACUACUUAGUGAGCCAGUACAAUACAACUAAGGAUAAAGCACUCUCUGACCUAAAUAAUGUUGGACCUUUGCUUGGUAGCAGAGUUCAAGAACAACUGGGGAAAGAAGUACGUCCCGCACUUGAUGCGGCUUUGACAAUGGCAGGAGCAAUCAGAGAAACAAAGGAAGCACUGGAAAAUGUGAGCGUCUCUGUAGAGGUUUUGCAGGAAGGCACUGAGAGGCUUCAUGCAAAUUUGACAGAUGUUAAAAUGCACCUGAGCAACACCCUCAAUGAUUCUGCAUGCACUGCAGCUCAGGCUGCCUCAACUUGCAAUAUCAUCAGGAAUUCAUUAAAUCAACUGAACAUUAAUGCCAAUUUCAGUGGGUUGCCGGGGGUGAGCUCACAGCUUGCAAAGGUCAACGAUGUCCUUAAAAUAGACCUUUCUAGUCUGGUUCAGAAGGGUUACGCAGCAUUUAAUGAUACUCCAGACUUAGUAGUGAAUCAAACUAAGAACAUCUUAUCAGAUAUCAAAAAUGUGUUGGAAUCCAUUGGUUCAAAUAUCAGUAACUUCACAAAAACUCUCCCUGUUCAGAAGAUUAUAGCAGAUUUGACAAUAUAUCUGACACAGAGUGAAGCAUAUGUUCAAGAUUAUUUUCCAGUAGUGGAGCAAUAUGAUUUCUACAGGUGGCUGGGUUGUCUCAUUCUCUGCUGCAUGGUGGUCCUAAUUGUGAUCUUUUACUAUCUUGGGUUGCUAUGUGGAACCUGUGGUUAUGAUAAACAUGCUUCUCCAACAACCAGAGGCUGCAUUUCCAACACUGGAGGAAACUUUCUUAUGGCUGGCGUUGGAUUCAGUUUUCUUUUCUCCUGGGUGCUGAUGAUUGUAGUGGUGCUUACUUUUGUCACAGGUGGAAAUAUAGAAAAACUGGUCUGUGAGCCCUUUGAAGAUAAAACUUUAUUCAAGGUUUUGGAUACCCCCUACUUACUAAAUCAACAUUGGAAAAACUAUCUUUCUGGCAUUCUUUUUAAUAAUCCAAAUAUUAACUUGACUUUUGAAAAAGUAUACAGUGAUUGCAAGGAAAACAAAGGAAUUUAUACUUCCCUUCAUCUAGAACACCUGUUCAAUAUCAAUGAAUUUUUGAAUGUUAGUAUGUAUACAGAAGAUGUAGCACUUAGAAUUGAACAUAUUCAGAUAAAUCUCAGCAAAAUCGUUCUGCUGGAUGAAAUUGGGAAAGAGAAUCUUCUGAAUUUCAGCUCUUCAGGAAUAGAAGGGAUAAACUUCGGAGCAUAUUUGACAGAGAUCAAUAAAAGUGUUACCAAGGUUGAUCUUUUGUCGUUUGCUAAUGACUUAGAAGCAAGAGCAGACCAACUGCCAAAAGGAGCACUGGAAAAUGCCUUAAAAGGACACGCAAACAACAUUCGGAUGAUUCAUAGCCAGCAAGUUGUUCCACUAGAGCAAGCUAUGAGCACUUUAAAUCAGAGCAUUAGACUGCUGAAGAGGACAUCAUCUGAACUUAUGGUAAAGGUGAAAAAUGUCAUUAGUGCUGUUAAUGCUGCCCAGCUUCUCAUAAAUAACAAUGCUUCUCUAGUUAUUGUCCAGGAAACAAAAAAGUACAUGGACACCAUUGUGGGCUACUUUGAGCAAUAUAUUGAGUGGGUGAAGGAGUCGAUUGCCAUGGAGGUAGCAGCAUGCAAGCCUAUUGCCAAUGUGAUAGAUACAGCAGUAGAUAUAUUUUUAUGCAGCUAUGUAACUGAUUCUGUGAAUACCUUCUGGUUUGGUUUGGGAGGCUCGUCGAUAUUUUUAAUUCCUGCCAUCAUUUUUGCUGUGAAACUCUCUAAAUACUAUCGUAGAAUGGAUACAGAGGAUGUGUAUGAUGAUGUUGAAAGUAUACCCAUGAAAAAUAUGGAAAAUGGUAAUAAUGGUUAUCAUAAAGAGCAUUUAUAUGGUAUACACAAUCCUGUUAUUACAAGCUCUGUGGAACAGUGGUAACAGAAACUGGAAUCAUAAAGGGGCUAUAGAAAUGAGGCUCAAGAUCCUUCUACAGGAAUAUAUCGAUAUUCUUCCAAGUGCACUGGCGUUUGCAUUCAUCUUCAAAAUACUGAGCCACUUGUUUUAUGUGACCUGUACUGUAAAUCACAAAUUUACUAUUGAAUGUUAUGCCAUAAACUACUGUACAGGAUAUUUUGUGACCAGGGCACUGCCUCUCAAAUACCACUGUUCAAGGCUUGAAUUAAGUUUUUUUUCUUUUUUUUUUUUUACUUUUUUUACACCAGGCUUUCUAUCUUACAUCACAGGAUAUAAAUUAAUUAGAUUAACUGACUUUGCUUAGCCGUUUUCUGACAGUUGGUCAAAUUCUUAUCUUAAAUUGUUCAGAUGUGUUAAAUACGGUACAGACACGUUUACAUAAAAAUACAUUUUGUAUACAGAGACUUUUGUAUAUAUGUUUUUCUUAAAACAUGUAAGUGUUUAGUUAAGAUUUUAAUAUUGUAUAGUACGUUUCACAAAUGAAUUUACCAGCAUGAUCAGUGUUGCUAUUUGGUGCUCUUGAAUGACCACUUUGAACUAAAUUUUAAGUGUAUAAUGGGAUGCACAGUGUCUCUUUGUGUCUCUGAAAAGGUCAGUUGCAUUUUUCUUUUCUCCCUUUUUUUAAUUAUUAUUUAAUGUUUAGUGAUUUUUGCAGUAUAGACCUAAAAGGGAGACGUUUGUUUUGAAAUUGUAUUUGGGUGGGAGGGCUGGGAGUGCGCGUAAUGCUUGAUGCAGCAAAAAGCUAAGCUUUCUCAAGUUCAGUAGUAUUCAAAAAGAGCAUGAAAGAUGUCAUAAUGUUGGUGAUAUUUAGAAUGCUUUACCAUCCUGUCUCCCUUUUCCUCAUUUGUACCCACUUCUUUAACAUCCUUAAUAGCAUCACUGUUAAACUGGACCUCUUUCAGAGGCCAGUGGUAGUAAUCUUUUUUCAUAAUUUCAAAAUACGAUUUCUAGUAUUGAAGCUCAGACAUGUUUAGCAACUGGAGUUAACGUUUCUACUGUUAGACUUACUGCCUUGAAUUUAGGCAUAUGAGAGUGUUGCUGAAUUAGUUAACAGCAGAAUUCAUCAAAAAGGCUGCAAGUAUUUAUCUUACUAGUGUAAAAACAUUACGGUGUGUGAAAUAAUUCGGCAUAUUGAUCUCAAAUAGUGUCUCUUCAUAGGUCAGUAUUCACUGUCUUGAAGUAAGGAUAAUCCUGAAAAUUAUUCAGAUAACUAUUAAAAAAUGCUGAAAAGUCAUACCAAUCCUCAAUCUGCAGUAACCUUAUUUUUUUUCAUUUUUAGGUCAUAAAUUGAAGCAUUUCUAAUUGACAGUAUGUAGCAUAAUGUGUAUAUGUAAUGUUCAGAACUGUAGAUUUUUAAAAGUUUCUAUUUUUAAUUUGAGAAGAUGUUCCCAGUUCAUUUAAAUAAAAAAUAACUUGCUUAACUA